AUGGAAAAAGAAAAACAAACAGUUAAAUCUGAAUUAGAUGAUUUACGUACACAAAUUGAACAUCUACAAAAAGGUGAAGCAGCUGCUGAAAAACUUUCAAAACAACUUGAACAACAAUUAAAUCGUAUUCAAACUAAAAUUGAAGAUCAUGUUAAACAAAUAACUGAUUUAAAUCAUAGUAAAACAAAAUUAUCAAGUGAAAAUUCAGAUUUAACUAGACAAAUUGAAGAAUUUGAACGUCAAAUUGGAACUUUAAAUAAAGCUAAAACAGCAUUACAACAACAACUUGAUGAAGCUAAACGAACAUUAGAUGAUGAAUUACGUGGCAAAGGUUCAAUUCUCAACAUACGUUAUUUAACUAGUGAUCUUGAACAAGCACGAGAACAACUUGAUGAAGAACAAGAAGCUAAAAUUGAACUUCAAAGACAAGUUACUAAACUUAAUGCUAAAGUACAACAAUGGAGAGCACAUUUUCAAUCUCAAGCUGCUAAAUUAACCGAAGGUGAAGAACAAGUUGAAGCUGCUUUAAAUAAAUGUAAUGCAUUAGAAAAAGUUAAACCUCGUCUUCAAGGUAAUGUUGAAGAUCUUAUGGAUCUUAUUGAUCAAUUAAGUGAAGGUGGAAAAUCAGUUCAUGAAUUAGAAAAAUCUCGUAAACGUGCUGAAUUAGAAAAAGAAGAAUUACAAGCUGCAUUAGAAGAUGCUCAAGCAACACUUGAACAAGAAGAAGCUAAAAAAAAGAAACUUCAAUCAGAUAUUAAUGAUCUUGAAGUUGCACUUGAUCAUGCAAAUCGUACAAAUGCUGAUUUACAAAAAACAUUAAAAAGAAUUCAACAAAAUAUUACUGAAUUACAAACACAAAUUGAAGAAGAACAAAGACAACGUGAUAAAGCACGUGAACCAGCUGCUGUAGCUGAACGUCGUGCUAAUCUUAUAAAUGGUGAACUUGAAGAAUUACCUACAGCUUUAAAACAAGCUGAAUGUGCACGUAAAGCAGCUGAAAAUGAAUUACAUGAUGCAGUUGAUCGUAUUAGUGAUAUAAAUACACAAAAUGCGAAUUUAUUUUCACAACGACGACAACUUGAAUCAACUAUUGCUGCUAUGCAAGCUGAUUUAGAUGAAGCUGUUAGUGAACUUAAAAAUAAUGAAGAACAUGCUAAGAAAGCAAAACAAGAUCAUGCUUUACAAGUUGAACGAUUACGUAAAGGUCUUGAACAACAGGUUAAAGAUCUUCAAACGCAUCUUGAUGAAGCUGAAGCUAAUUCACUUAAAGGUGGAAAAUGUGUUAUUGCUAAACUUGAACAACGUAUACAUGAAUUAGAGAAUGAAAAUGAAUUAGAACAACAUCGUCAUCAGGAAACAUUGAAAGAAUUACGUAAAAAUUAUCGUCGUUUGAAAGAACUUGCAUUUCAAACAGAAGAAGAUCGUCAAAAUCAAUUACGUUUACAAGAUCUUAUUGAAAAAUUACAAUCAAAGAUUAAAGUUUACAAACAGGAAAUUGCUGCAAUUAGUUUAACUAAAUUUCGUAAAGUUCAAACAGAACUUGGUGAGUUAAUUAAUGAAAAAAAAAAACAAGAAAAAACAAUCGAAAAUGUCUUUAUUUUUGCAGAAGACUCAGCUGAACGUGCUGAUUUAGCUGAAAAUCAACUUGGUAAAUUACGUGCCAAAAAUCGAUCAUCUGUUAGUGCUAGUCGUACUUCUCCAGCUCGUGAAUUACGAGAAGCUACUACAACAGUACGAGCAACAUCAACACUUCGUGCUGGUUCAGUUCGUCAACGUUAA